UGUGGCUGCUAUAAGCAGUGAGAAGUCGCAAGGAGGUGCAGAAUGGCUGAUGCAGGUGCAGAAGGAGCAUCUUCUUCCACGGUAGGCCAAAUUGACGUUUUCUGGCACGAAGGGAUGCUGAAGCAUGACACGGGCAAUGGCGUGUUUGACACGGGGAUGGAUCCAGGCUUCUUAGAGGUGUUGGAGAAGCACCCUGAAAACUCAGACAGAGUGAAAAACCUAGUGUCUAUUCUCAAAAGGGGUCCUAUCUCCCCUUACAUUUCUUGGCACCUUGGUACACCUGCAAAAAUCCCUGAGCUUUUUUCUUUUCACACUCCUGAAUACAUAAAUGAACUGGUAGAAGUUGAUAAAGAAGGGGGGAAGCAGCUUUGUGGUGGGACAUUUUUGAACCCUGGAUCAUGGGAUGCUGCACUUCUUGCUGCUGGGACUACACUAUCUGCGAUGAAGCAUUUACUGAAUGGGGAUGGAAAAGUUUCCUAUGCAUUGGUUAGGCCCCCUGGUCACCAUGCUCAGCCUUCUCAGGCCGAUGGCUACUGUUUCCUUAACAAUGCAGGUCUAGCUGUGCAAUUGGCUUUAGAUUCCGGCUGCAAGAAGGUUGCGGUCAUAGAUAUUGAUGUGCAUUAUGGAAAUGGAACGGCAGAGGGGUUUUAUCGAUCUAAUAAGGUUCUUACCAUCUCUCUUCAUAUGAACCAUGGAUCAUGGGGUCCAUCUCAUCCGCAAAGUGGCUCUGUUGAUGAGCUAGGUGAAGGAGAAGGUUAUGGCUUUAACUUGAACAUACCUCUACCAAAUGGAACUGGGGACAAGGGAUAUGUACAUGCCUUCAAUGAGUUGGUUGUUCCAUCCAUCCAAAAGUUUGGGCCUGAUAUGAUAGUUUUGGUUCUUGGACAAGACUCUAAUGCAUUUGAUCCCAAUGGAAGGCAAUGCUUAACAAUGGAGGGUUAUAGAGAAAUAGGGCGAAUUGUCCAUCUUCUUGCGAAAAGGCACAGUGCAGGACGCCUUCUAAUUGUCCAGGAAGGUGGAUAUCAUGUCACAUAUUCUGCAUAUUGUUUACAUGCAACACUUGAGGGGGUUCUCAACCUACCAAUGCCUCUACUAGCGGAUCCUAUUGCUUUUUACCUAGACGACGAGACAUUUUCUGUCCAAGUUAUAGAAGCCAUUAAGAAUUAUCAAAAAGAUAAAGUGCGCUAGUGGAGAAACUCACUAGACACUUCCUCUCUGUGCGUGUGAAAUAAAUGUUGAUACUUUUCAAGAAGGGUUAAUAUUUAUCGUGUAACUAUUGAGGGAUUUUCAAGGUUAUUUUAAAUAAAUUUAAUCUUGUCCAGUUGAUCUUUUGAUUAA